ACAUACAAUGUUGAGUCAGCGCGUGCGCACCCGAGAAAGAUAAAAUUGAUAACGAGUAAAAAUGUGAAAUUGAGUACAGAACCAAUUACUAUCGUUAAAAGUCGAUGCUCUUAAUGUGUUUGAUCGUGUGAUAGCUUUUACUCGCGCUUGUCGUUUAGUGGGACAACUGACACAUUAUUGGUCACACAGCGCACUUUCAAGAUAUUGCCGAAGGUUGCUCUCGCUAGAAAAUGAUUUAAAAGCGUUUUACCAUAAUAUCAUGAAUCAAAAAGAUUCGUAUCCAUAUCAGUUUUUGCCGAUGAAAGAAGGCUAUGUGCCAGUGUACAUUCGCUUGGGCGAACAACCGUUGAACGAUAUCAACCCAGAGCUGGCCGUUGCUUUUCACGAAGUCGCCGUUAAUGGACGACAAUUAAAGUCGAAUGAUGAAUUUAACGAGCCCCAAGACGUUAAAGUGCCACAAUUGGAGAAAAAAGUCGACACCGACCCGAAGAUAGAACACGUUGAACCACAACCGGUUGAACAUAAAGUUUGAUAAUAUUUUGCCAGAAAUUCGCAAUUAGCCUGUCAAUUUCGUAUUCUAAGUAAACAAAAAAAGAAGAAAAUACAGAGUAUUCAUUUAGUUCCUCCAUUAUGAUCGACGCAUGUCUUACAAUACACAACUUACGAAAUAAACUUUAGUGAUAAAAACA